UUGCCGAUUUGGAUUUAGUGCCGAUUUAGAGUACGAGUGCAUACGGCAGACGUCUGCGCUGGAUCGUCUUGUUAUUGUUGUUGUGGUCGCGUGUGCGUUGGCCCCGGUCGCCGGUACCUAGACGUACGGAAAUUGCGGGAAAAUAUGCGCGAAUGUGCCCGUUUUUUCGGAUACCUAUUUGGUAUGCGUGCGGUUGUGAAUUGUGAUCGAAUUCGAUCGAUUUCGUUGUAGUGACGCGGAUCACCAUUGAUCAGUGAUCGAGUGAAAUAUCAGCGUGGUCAUUGUGAUUCGUAAGCGGAAUUACCUACGUGCGUUUUUUCACAGGAGUUUCCAUCACUCCAUCAUCAGUGUUGUUUGGUUUUUUUCGCGCCGAAAACAUGACGUGCUCGUUGGUCGAUAAAAAUGGCGCUGAUCGAGCGAAUUUAAUCGCCUAUUACAUCGAUUACACGUGGAUCGAUUACGAUACCGUCAUAUUGUGUUGUUAUUUUCGCGAAUUAUUCGUCUCGUAUAUUUAUUACGACGUUGCAAAAAAAGAAAUAUACGAUGUAAAACAAGCAAGGCUGAAUUUAGCGCAAGACGAAUACGAUCAUUUGAACAAUGCGCUAAAUACACUUAACAUUUCUAGAAGUAGUUUAUGUUCCAGUACAAGUAGCUUAAGUACGAAAUACGACCCCGAUUUAUUAAAAUCCGAAGUCGCCCACGCUCGCGAUCGCGUAUCCAGACUGAAAAGAGAACUAGAACAAAUCAGAGCCGAAAUGACCUGCACUCAAAGAGGAGUUGAAACUCUGACUUCCGUCGAACAAAAACUCAGCGGUAACGGAUCCGGUUUAAACGGCGGCUGUUGUUAUAAUAUAGCCGAAGCUCAGGCAAUAAAUGAAGAGCUUCGUGAAAUCCAACGAUCGCUAUCUUCCGGCGAAAAAGAAAGAAUGGAAUUGAUGCAGUCGCUAGUGAAAUUAAAAGACGAUUUAACUAGGUUGCAGUUAUGCAACGAAAGCUCACCGGAUGCGAGCACCCUAUCGAUACCACCGGUAUCGAAUACCGCUUCACAGACUGAUCUCUCCGGAGAGCUAAUGCCAAUGGGUAGCAGACUGGCAGAAAUGGCUAGAAUGCGACUAGAGUACGACGAAGCUAGAAAGAAAAUUCAAAAUAUACAGCAACAACUGGCCGAUUUAGAAGAAAAAGUCACCCCUGGACAGGCAGAAUCGGAUAAAGAUCGAUUAUUAUUAUUCCAAGAAAAAGAACAACUACUGAGAGAGCUUCGAAGUGUCACAUCGAGACAGCGUGGCAAUCAAGAAACAGCCUUUGUACAGCAGGAAAUUAAACGACUCGAACAAGACUUAAACGACGCUUUAGAAAUUUCAAAUAAAGCCAUCGCCGAUAGAUUAAAAUUACACGAAGAGAAACAAUUCCUUCUGCAGCAGCUGAGAGACGCAUUAAAAACCAUGACCCAACUCGAAAGCCAACUCAGAACGUUAUCGGCUUCCACAUUAUCUAUGAGUUCUAGUUCUAGUUUAGGUUCAUUAUCUACGACUAGUAGCAAAGGCUCGCUAAGUUCAGGUUUAAGUUUCACCGAUAUAUACGGCGGACCACAGUGUUCAUCGUCAUCUCAAGAAAAACCAGUCGACAUGGAAGAUUUACACAGAAGAGUGGAGCGAUUGUUACGAGGAGAAACACCUUCUAGUUGUUUAAGUAGGGAAUACUUACCAGUUUCCAGCAGUUCAUUGGUGGCGCUUUUGUACAGCGGAAACAUGUCACAAGGAUCCGGUCUGGGAAGGCCGGCUACUCCGCCAGUAUCGCCGCUAUCGGAGAAAAUGCCACCUCUGACUACACCACCGUCUACGAGAUCUGUAUCGGCUGCCGUUAGUGACGAAUCGGUUGCCGGCGAUUCCGGUGUUUUUGAAGCUUCGAACAAGAGUCAUAACGUUGUGCCAGAAAGUUCAGAUACUGCUCAAAUUCAAAUUAAAUUAAGGUAUUCUAUUGGCGAUCACCUUUUACACGUUGGAAUCGAAAAAGCACGAAAUUUAACCGCCCUCAGUAUACCGGAAAGUACUCAAGUAUAUAUUAAGACGUCCUUAUUACCUAAUGAUGGAAACCCAUCGUUAACGUGUUGUACCAAACCUAUUUCCGAUCUGAGUAAACCCAGGUUUGGCGAAAACUUCCCGCUUCCGGUUGCCUUAAAUAAAUUACGUACGAAAACUCUACAAGUCAACGUAUGGAAUAUUACGUCGAAUCAAUGCAGAGAAUGCCUGGCGUGCGCUCAAGUCAGUUUGGCCGACUACAACCCCGACUCAGCUUCGUUAAAAUGGUAUAAUUUAUUGAGCUUCAAAUUCUUACAACCAUCUGGAGCCAAAUCGAAUAAUAAUGGAACCGCGAGAUCAACUUGUACGCCACCACCGUUAGUUCAAAGCCAUAAAGAAGAAAGUUCCGAUGACUCGACUAUCAUAUCUUCGCAAACGUCAACUUUGACCAGAAAUCAAGAAUGUGAACAUAAUACUCUGGGACCUAUCAAUAUGCAACUGAAUGAAUUUACUAAUAGCGAAGAUGAAGACGAAUAUAACGAAAAUACAGACGUAGAAGGCGAAGAAGAUGAGAACGAUGAUGACGACGAGGAUAGCGAUGGCGAUGGCGAUAUUGACGUAUUUUACUAUUCAGAAGACGAACCGUUGCAACAAGUUUUGGAAAUUCCGGAUGAAGAUAAUUUGGAAACCGAAGACAAGGAAACCAACACCGAAUGCGUUUUUGUGCCCGAAAAAGGCAUAUGCUCGAUUAAAAAGAAAGAACCUCAAGAAAUGCCAUCGAUUAUUAUCAAAAGAUCGCAAACAUUUUCACCCGUAGCGAGAACGCAAUAUAUUUGUAGACUUAAUCGUAGCGAUAGCGAUAGUUCCAUGCCAUUGUACAGACGAAACAAUUUAACCAGUAUGCCAUUUAGAAGAAAUUCAGUUGAAAGGCGAUCGCUUAGAUGGGGCCGCACCUCGGGUUCUGGUUCAUUGAAGCAUCACCGACAUUCGUUUAUUCACGCCGUGCCAAGAACGUCGAUAGAUUUAGAAUUGGAUUUACAAGCUCAACAUACUAGAUUACAAUCGUUAAGAGAUGAAAUAUCCAGGCUUAAAAAUCUAAAAACCCGUUUGGAAACAGCUAAAGAGAAAGGUGACGUUGAAAUGGCUGCUUGGGUGCUGGAAGAUGCGCAAUUUCAAAAUCUAGUCUCUCAGGCUGAUAGUAAAAGCGAGGAUGACAAAAAAAUUGAAAAAUUGCUAAAGAAAACAUCCCGAGAAAUUUACAAAUUAAGGAAAAGCAAAGUUGGCAAUGGCAAACCUGAUAUCAUAUCUUUUAAAGAAAAAAUGGCCUUUUUCACCAGACCUAAUGUUUUCGUACCUAUACUGCCACCGAUCGAAGCUCAAGCUGCUGCCGAAUCUAACGCUGCAGAAAGUAAAACCACAAAUGAAACAGAAGAAAGAUACGAAUAUACUGUCGAAACUUUCGGAGUGCAAGUGUGAAUAUGUUUUAUUUAAUCGACAAUUCAUUCGCGAAGAUAUUUUUUGCAGUACUUGGUGGCUCAGUUAUGCACAAAAAUUGUGUAUUAUUACGAGAAUUAUUUUUCCAAAGCGUGUUGUCGCAAAUGUCAAUUACGUAUCUACUUAUACAGGGUAAUUCGGUGCCUUUUUAAAAACUGAAAUUUCUCAUCUACUUCGAUUUGUAGAAAUUUUGACGAUUUUGAAAAUCGAUAACUUUAUCGCUAAAAUGGGAACGAAUACGGAUGGGAAAUCCGUUUCAUGAUUCCAGAAAAUCGUUGACAUUUCAUUUGUACUCCUUCGAGUGUAAUUUCAUUCGUAAUAUUUAGUGACGAAUACCUUCUGUGUAGAAAUAAUAAUCAGAUUGUUCAAAUUUUUUUAUAAUCUGGCUAAACAAUUUGUGUUAUUUUGGUGAGUCGUUAACGUUCACUUAUCCACGAGCUUAUUUUCAGCAAGUUUAGUUUAUUCAUGAAGUUACCUGAUUUAUUAUUGAAUUAACGAAUAGUUGAGGCUUUUAAAAAUACUCUUUCAGUAAUAUUUUUUUUAAAAUCUUCGAAUCAGUUCCUGUAGUGUUGUAUAAUUUUUUGUAUAAUAAAAUAAAAAAUGAAAAAAAUAAUAAACUUACGCAACUAUAGUAUUAUUUUAGCAAAUUAUGUGCCAAAAUAAUUUUUUCUCUGAGUAAUGUUUCAGUGAUUGUUGAUUUGUCUUAAAAGGGUAGUUAUUUAUCUAAUUACUUUAUAUAUGUAUUUUUUUACGAGUAUAUUUUUUUAGAAAUUGUGUUCAAAAAAUGUAAUAUAUUAUACAUACGAUGAAAGCAAAAGGUUUUCAAGCCUAUCUGUCCGGUCGUGAAUUUUGAAUCGCGCAAACUGACGUUCUUGAAAAAGUAAUCUGUACUGUAUAGAAACACUUUCAUAAUAGCCAGUAUUUUUGAAUAUAUAUUUUAAUUAUUUAAAAAUCAUGUACUGACGUAAUAGCGAUCCUCUUUUCCUAAAAUAUUGCCAUAAUUUUUGUAUCGUGUUUUUAUGUUAUUACGUAGAUUUUUUACUCUACGAUUAUUCUAUGUAAUUUUGAUGUAUUUAAACAAAACCCACACAAACAGAUCUGAAAUUUAAUCUACGAUUUAAAAAAAAAAGGACAAUAUUACAAUGAUCUGUUUAGUAGAAGGCUGUGUUGAAUAUUUAUUGCCUUUAAAAUUCAAUAAAGCGCAGUAUUUAAAUAUCGAAAAACAAAACUCACUAUCCCACCGAAUCCAGUUGUUCUUAUUUAACGAUUUUUACCGCCUUACGUUAUGGACUUAUUUAUUAUACAGGGUUAACAUUCAUUCUAAGUAUUUUGGAAUUGUAUUUAUUUAUUUUAGUAAUAGGAGAUGAGCUGUGAAUUUUGAGAAUUGCUUUUUUUUUUACCGAUUACUCAAUUGGUGAGAAUAAUUUUAAGAAAAUUUUGUAUACGCUACGUGUCCUCUUAUGGAUAUUUUUUUCUUUUGUAAAAUUCAAAAUGGAAUUUCUGAUAAAGAAAUAUUUACCAAUUAAUUAUUUUACCAUUAUUAAGAAUAAUGUAUAUAUAAUUCGAAAUCCAUAUCGGCGAAUACUAAAAUUUUUUGACGUUUUAAUACGAGUUUAUUUUUUCAUAUCAUAUGAUUAUAAGGUGCUAUUUAAAUGUUUGAAAAAAUAUUGAAAUACUUUAUACUUACUUUAUGAAAGAUAUAUUUUUUGAAAAAUUUCAUCGGUUAUGAAUAUUUACCGGAUAGUGUUUUUUUUUGUGAAAAUUGUAUUUUAUAUUAAUAUUUACCAAUUUUUAAAUAUUUGUUUCUUUGUAUUUAAAAUUUUAAAACAAAUUUUACGAUAUUUUGCGUGUAUAGAACUCUCAUUGUUAUUCGUGUUUUAUAUUUUUAUGUUUUUUUGUUUUGUAUAUUGUGUACAGUAUUUUUAUCGAUGAAUUUGUUCGAUAUAAAACAUUAUAAAUUUUA